AUGGCCUUGGGCACCAGCAUCUGGUGCUCGUCACAAGACAUGUUGCUUGGAUUGUUCGGAUGGUACCGCCUGUUGUGCAAUCCCACCAACGUCGACACCGCCUUUCCACAGUUCUUCUCGGAAGUCAACUGGCUCCCAUCUGUGGAGGCGAAGGGCGAUGCCAAGAGCAUCGACCCGGACAACAGCGAGGACAGUGACGCGAGUCCUCGAAGGACCGCGGCUUCUGCUCCUGUACCCUCUGAGGACAGACCUGACAUGGAUGCAUCAGCCGCCACGGCUCCCGCCGAAGAACCCGCUGCAGAUGGACCUCCGCCGUCGAGGCCAUCACCUGUUUCCCCGAAGUCGGACGACUCGGGCUCCGUCAAGAGUGUCGCCGUCACCCUCGAUGAGAGCACGUCCUACGCUAUCAAGGCGAGGACCGAGAUGGUGCACAAGGUGCUAGAAGGACUUCGCGAUGAAGCCUUCGAACUUGCCAGAGAUAUCGGUAUCGAAUCUCUGACCGCCCCAGGUGGACUUAGGAGUUUCAUCACGCCGCUGAGAAACAUCGUGUUUCCCCGCGCAGCAGAAGAAGAGAUCGAGGAAGCCCGACAAGCGGAGCUCAACGCUCAGCGUGAGCUCGAUGAGGCAUUUGAGAGGGCGCGUCAGCAGAAUCUGGAAGAUCUGCAGGAAGUGGAAGCUGUGCCUCACUGGCAGGAACCAACGGAGGCAGAGCUGGAAGCGGAGGCCCAGAGACAGCAUCAAACCUACAUGAGGGACCGCGAGAGGAUCCUCAGGGAGGCGUACAAUCGACGACGCCAGGAGUUCGAGCAAGAUUUGGCCGAACGGUUCCAACGACGCCGCCAAGAGUUCCGUAAGGAAAUGGAUGAUUGGUACGAGGACGCAUGUAGCCGUGCCGGACCUGCGUACAGAGCCGCUAUGGAGCAACUCCGAGCGGAAAAUGAGAGGAAUCGGACCUGGCAGCAAGCUCUACCCAAACGGGAGAGCCAGAACCCCUAG